AUUUGCUAAAGAUAACUAUAUCUAAUUCUCGGGUGUUCGUACUUAGAUUUUGAACGCCAUGUCGUACAACUACGUUGUAACAGCACAGAAACCAACAGCAGUAAAUGCCUGUAUAACCGGGCACUUCACCUCUGCGGAGGACCUGAACCUCCUGAUUGCUAAGAACACAAGACUGGAGAUCUAUGUGGUCACUGCCGAGGGGCUACGGCCCGUUAAAGAAAUUGGCAUGUAUGGCAAGAUCGCCGUUAUGGAGCUCUUUAGGCCUAAGGGAGAGAGUAAGGAUCUUCUUUUCAUUCUGACUGCCAAGUACAAUGCCUGUAUCCUGGAGUACAAACAAAAUGGAGAGAGUAUUGACAUCAUCACCCGAGCUCAUGGCAAUGUACAGGACCGUAUUGGACGUCCCUCAGAGACAGGAAUCAUCGGCAUUGUGGAUCCAGAGUGCCGCAUGAUUGGUCUGCGGUUAUAUGAUGGUUUGUUUAAGGUCAUCCCUCUGGACAGAGACAACCGUGAGCUUAAGGCCUUUAACAUCCGACUGGAGGAGCUCCAAGUGAUAGACGUACACUUUUUGUAUGGCUGCCAAGCACCCACUGUCUGCUUUAUAUACCAGGACCCUCAAGGGCGUCAUGUGAAGACGUAUGAGGUAUCCCUUCGGGAAAAAGAGUUUAACAAAGGGCCAUGGAAACAGGAGAAUGUUGAGGCUGAGGCCUCAAUGGUCAUUCCAGUGCCAGAACCUUUUGGUGGAGCUAUAAUCAUUGGCCAGGAGUCCAUCACAUAUCACAACGGAGAUAAAUAUUUGGCCAUCGCACCUCCAACUAUCAAGCAAAGCACCAUUGUGUGCCACAAUCGAGUGGACCCUAAUGGCUCCCGUUACCUGCUGGGGGAUAUGGAGGGCAGAUUGUUCAUGCUGCUCCUAGAGAAAGAGGAACUGAUGGAUGGAGCCGUAGUGCUGAAAGACCUGCGAGUGGAACUCCUGGGAGAGACCUCCAUUGCUGAGUGUCUCACAUACUUGGAUAAUGGAGUGGUGUUUGUUGGUUCCAGACUUGGAGAUUCCCAGCUGGUUAAGCUGAAUGUGGAUAGUAAUGACCAAGGCUCAUAUGUGGCAGUAAUGGAGACCUUCACUAACUUGGGCCCCAUAGUGGACAUGUGUGUGGUGGACCUGGAGAGACAAGGUCAAGGGCAGCUGGUGACUUGCUCAGGGGCAUUUAAGGAAGGUUCUCUAAGGAUCAUUCGUAACGGCAUUGGCAUCCACGAGCAUGCCAGCAUUGAUCUGCCAGGAAUAAAAGGACUGUGGCCUCUUCGCUCAGAGGCUGGCAGGGAUACCGACGACAUGCUGGUCCUGUCUUUUGUAGGCCAGACGAGGGUGCUGAUGUUGAGUGGAGAGGAGGUGGAAGAGACCGAGCUGCCAGGUUUUGUGGAUAACCAACAAACUUUCUUCUGUGGAAAUGUAGCCCACCAACAACUUAUACAGAUCACAUCAGGCUCGGUGCGCUUGGUUACUCAGGACACUAAGGCUUUGGUUAGUGAAUGGAAGGAGCCACAGGGCAGAAACAUUAGCGUGGCUGCAUGCAACUCAACACAGGUGGUACUGGCUGUUGGUAGAGUGCUGUACUACUUACAGAUCCUCACCGGAGAACUCAAGCAAAUCAGUUCCACAGAGAUGGAGCAUGAGGUUGCCUGCCUGGAUAUUACUCCACUUGGGGAAAGCACAGUGGAGUCCACCCUCUGUGCAGUGGGUCUCUGGACUGACAUCUCAGCACGAGUCCUCAAACUGCCUUGUUUCAGUCCACUCCACAAAGAAAUGCUGGGGGGAGAAAUCAUCCCUCGCUCCAUUCUGAUGACUACAUUUGAAGGCAUUCAUUACUUGCUCUGUGCAUUGGGAGAUGGAGCUCUCUUUUACUUUGGUUUGGACCUUCAGACAGGGAGUCUGAUUGAGCGCAAGAAGGUGACCCUGGGUACUCAGCCCACGGUUCUGCGUACUUUCCGUUCUCUCUCCACCACUAAUGUGUUCGCUUGCUCGGACCGCCCCACCGUCAUUUACUCCAGCAACCACAAGCUUGUCUUCUCUAAUGUCAACCUUAAGGAAGUCAACUAUAUGUGCCCUCUCAACUCAGAGGGUUACCCUGACAGUCUGGCCCUAGCCAAUAACAGUACUCUGACCAUUGGCACCAUUGAUGAGAUUCAGAAACUCCACAUUCGUACUGUGCCACUGUAUGAGUCCCCCAGGAGGAUCUGUUAUCAGGAGGUGUCUCAGUGUUUUGGGGUGCUGUCCAGCAGAGUCGAAAUGCAGGAUGCUAGCGGAAACACCACCGCAGUACGCCCCAGUGCUAGCACACAAGCUCUGUCCAGCAGUGUUAGCUCCAGUAAGCUGUUCCCCAGCAGUACCUCACCCCACGAGACGUCUUUCGGGGAGGAGGUAGAGGUGCACAGCCUACUGGUCGUGGACCAGCACACCUUUGAAGUGCUCCAUGCACAUCAGUUUCUGCAGAGUGAAUAUGCUCUUAGUAUGGUCUCCUGUAAGCUUGGCCGAGAUCCAGCCGUUUACUUCAUUGUUGGCACGGCAAUGGUUUACCCAGAGGAGGCUGAGCCCAAACAAGGCCGCAUCAUUGUCUUCCAUUACACUGAUGGCAAACUGCAAACAGUGGCAGAGAAGGAAGUGAAGGGAGCAGUGUAUUCCAUGGUGGAGUUCAACGGCAAACUACUGGCUAGCAUCAAUAGCACUGUCCGUCUGUAUGAGUGGACUGCAGAGAAGGAGCUGAGGACAGAGUGUAAUCACUAUAAUAACAUCAUGGCUCUAUAUCUGAAGACCAAAGGAGACUUCAUAUUAGUGGGAGACCUGAUGAGGUCUGUGCUGCUCCUUGCAUACAAACCCAUGGAGGGCAACUUUGAAGAGAUUGCGCGUGACUUUAAUCCAAACUGGAUGAGCGCUGUUGAGAUCCUGGAUGACGAUAAUUUCUUAGGAGCAGAGAAUGCUUUCAACCUCUUUGUCUGUCAGAAAGACAGUGCUGCUACUACAGAUGAAGAAAGACAGCAUCUUCAGGAAGUUGGUGUUUUCCACUUGGGAGAAUUUGUCAACGUUUUCUCCCAUGGCUCUUUGGUGCUACAGAAUCUUGGAGAGAGUUCAACUCCAACCCAGGGCUCUGUGCUCUUUGGCACAGUUAACGGCAUGAUUGGCUUGGUGACAUCUCUCUCGGAGGGCUGGUACAGUUUACUCUUGGACUUACAAAACAGACUGAACAAAGUUAUCAAAAGCGUGGGCAAAAUCGAACACAGCUUCUGGAGAUCAUUUCACACGGAGAGAAAGACUGAACAAGCCACGGGCUUCAUAGAUGGGGACCUGAUCGAGAGUUUCCUGGACCUGGGAAGAGCUAAGAUGCAAGAAGUGGUCAGUGGUCUCCAGAUUGAUGACGGCAGUGGGAUGAAACGCGAGGCCACGGUGGACGAGGUCAUAAAGAUCGUAGAGGAGCUCACUCGCAUCCACUAAUCACGCUGUGUGCCGCACACAGCUCUGUACAUAACUAUAAAUAAGAAUGUUUGUGUGCUGCGUGCGUGCGUGUGUGUGUGUGCGCGCGUGGGCGUAUGCUUUCACUCCCUGAGACAGACUAUGAUCCAUUUCCCUCAAAGCCUCCUGCCUAUACACUCGCACACCUUCAAAUUCACCAUCAAACAAAUCCCAACCAGGAGUCUAUGUAGGAGGCUGUGAUUUUCAGUGUGUGUGUGUUGUAUGUUUGUCUUAAACCAGACAACUAAAGCUUUUUUUUUUUUUUUUUUGA